AUUUGACGGGCUCCACUUUCGGCUGCAUCCGCACAGCACUUCAGGCAUACCUCAAGCUGAAAUAGUCGCCUCGAGGUCUGAUAGGCGCCAUGACGCUCAUUUUGGGAUCUCGGCCGAAUGUCUUGGCACGUAUAUGUAUGACCGAAGUGCGAAGCGCAGGGUCACCUAUGGCAGACCGCAGCGGUCAGCACCGGCAGUUGAUAGUCGACGACUCAGCGACAGACCUCCUCCCAUGAAGCCGUGUAGUGCCAUGGAGCCGUGUAGCGAGAUCAAUCCCCGGGACGAAGCUAGCGGAUGUGGAGCAACUCAUGACUGGAUUGCGAAGAUCGUAGGAUUCAGCGGAGAAUACAGGUUUCCAAAUAUGUAUAUAAAGGCUUCAGGACUCCCCCCCCCUUCCUCCAGAGGAUCAUCAGCUCAAUCAGCUCAAACAUCCAUCGCUGCAUAACUACUCCGACAACUUAUUCCCAGUCAAUAUACACUAAAUACCAUGUUCGCCGCUAUUGGUCUUCUUUCCCUUCUCGGAAGCGCCCUCGCGGGACCCAUCUCCAUAGGCAAGCGAGAUGAUGUCCAUUGUGGCACGACAAGUGAUGCUACUUUGAGUGACUGUCAAGCCUUGGUUACUCCUGAGAUCUGGAACCAAGUAUUCAACACCGGCAACGUCUGCCAUUUCACCAACCCUUUGGCGAAUAUCUACGACGGUACUGCCCUCAACCUCGCAUGCCACGAGAACUGCUGUGUGUAUUACACCAACAAUCAGGCCAACCCGGGCUCGAGUCUUUAUCAGAGUUCAGAGACUCUACGACAAGCUGCAGCUGGCCUUCUGGGCUGUGGAGAUACCUCAGCAAACAAGAUCAACGGCUUGGACAACCUCGACGGGUAUGCGAUCUGCAUCUCGGACGGUAAUGGGUGUGGCGACUGCUUCGACGACGCCGAUUGGGCUUUUGCCUAAGGAACGAUCACGUUCCCGAGCAUGAACAACCACCCUGUCUUCUUUUGUAGCUCUAAACCUCUAAGCUUGCUGUUUUCUGUCCGAAACUGAAAAUGCAAUCGUUGCCUCCCCUUGCGAAAA